GUUUUGCUCCGCUUCCGGCUUCUGCUCUGGAAUGACAGCCGUAAACCACCAACAAUAAUCUAUCAGAUCUCAAUAUUUAGAAUGAAAAACUGACAUAUGGGAUGUCGACACCGUGUCGCGGGUGUGUUUAUGGAUCCGACUCGGCUCGUGGCGCCGCGGUGAGGAGGAAACUCAACGUUUAAAGCCGCCGACGCUAAGCCGUGUAGCUAAGCUAGUUAGCAUCAUCUUCAUUGUGGAGGCAUGGCGGCUGUGGACAGCUUUCACCUCCUCUUCGCGGAAAUCUCCCGCUCCUGCAGCGUUUAUUAUGAAGCUCUGGCUCUGGUCGGAGCUGCAUACGUUGUCAGCAAGGCGGUGGUCCUGCUGAGGGACUGCUGCGCCCUGGUCAGGGUGCACCUCCUCCCCAGAGUGAUGCCGAGGAAGAAGCUGAGCCAGAGGUUUGGAGCCUGGGCUGUGGUUUAUGGCGCCUGGGAGCCCGCCGUCGAAGCGUACGCCGAGGAGCUGGCCAGGAACGGCAUCAGCAUCGUCUUCGUCGCCCCGAGCCAGGCGUCGGUGCGGGACGCCGCCGAAUCGCUGACCCAGAACUACGGCGUGGAGACCGUCGUCGUCCUGGCCGACCUCUCCCUGGACCGGGCGGCGGAGAAGCCCGUCGGCGAGGCCCUGAGGGGGCGGGACGUGGGCUUCCUGGUGAGCGGCGUGGGCGAGUCCCGGGAGAGCCCCCCGGACCUGCUGGACCUGCUGGGCCGGGACGUGGCGGGGCCGACGCUGAUGGCCCGCCUGGUGCUGCCGGGCAUGGCGGAGCGCGGCCGGGGAGCCGUGGUCAACAUCCGGCCGGGCGGGAGAGCCGCCGCGCUGACGGCCGCCGCGGGCUACGUGGACGCCCUCUCCAGAGCGCUGCAGCUGCAGUACGGCAGCAGAGGCAUCGUGGUUCAGACUCUGACUCCUCUGCAGAUUUCCUCCAGUAGAGACCAGCGGUGGACGGAGAGCUGGUUGGCGCCGAGGCCAGAGGUGUACGCCCGCCACGCCGUCUCCACCCUGGGCGUCUGCAGCCGCACCACCGGCUACUGGCCCCACACGCUGCAGCUCGGCCUGAUCAGCUGCAUCCCGGACUGGAUCUGGCUCCUCGGCUCUCGCGUCUUCGUCUCUUCAAGUUAAAAGCUUCCAGCCGCCGCUGGAUGUUGUCUUCUGUCUGAAGCCUUGACCUGAUUACAGAAACCGUCUGAUUCUCCUCUCGUCACUCAUCUGGGACACAGUUUGAAUUAAUGACAAAUAGAAAUUCCUCUCAGUGACGUGAUUUCAGAGUGUGUGAAACAAGCAUCAGUUUAUCGAUGAAAGAAGCCAAAACAUUUAGUCUGCACCUGGAAAAAUAUAGAAAAGCUCAACUUAAUAGUAUAAAGUAACAAAUCUGAUCUUCAUUCUCAACAAUGCAGCUCUACAGGUUCUGUUUUCUCUCAUAUUGACCUCAAAUUAAAAGAUCUAAAACAGGUUUUUCCUAAUUUUGAAGCAGAAUUAUCAAAAAUCAGAAAUAUUUAGACUUUUUCAUUCUGAUAUUUGACUGCAUGAUUUCCUGACACACACACUCUGACAUUAAACUGAAUAAAAUCAGUGGAAAAGUCUCAGAUUAACUGUAAAUAUGUUAAAGAGUCUACAGAGAAACCCGGCUGGGUGUUUUUGUCUUGAUCUGAUGAGUGGUCAGCUCAUCUCUGGGAGAUGGUUCUGCUCUUCUGACGUCUUUUGGGAAAUUUAUUUUAGAAACGACACUUCAAGUUCCAGUUUUUUUCCAUAUGUAGACUUUUCCUUGAAGAUAUUUAUUUACAGUGUUUGUGGCACAUUUACAUUUGUUCUGCUGAUAGAAUAAUUAUAAAGAAAUGUUAAGUGAAAAUCUUAAUUGCAGAAUAAAAUAAAUUUA